AUGGUGAAUAGGAUGUUUUAUGAUGUUUGUCAUAAAUUUAUUUUGAAGAGUGUCAGGACAUCUACUAACAGUUCCAAGAUGAAAAGUUUCGUCGUUGUGUGCUUUUUCGCGGUGGUGGCUGUGGUCCUCGGUCGGCCCGAGCACUACACCGACCGUUACGACAACGUCGACUUAGACGACAUCUUCAGCAACCGUCGCCUGCUGGUGGCCUACAUUAAGUGCAUCCUUGACGAGGGAAAGUGUACAGCUGAUGGGAACGAACUCAAAUCACACAUCAAAGAGGCCCUCGAGAACAACUGUGGCAAAUGCACCGACGUGCAGAAAUCUGGUACGAGACGUGUCAUUGGUCAUUUGAUCAACAACGAGAAAGAUUACUGGAACCAGCUAACCGCUAAAUACGACCCAGACCGCAAAUACGUGGUCAAGUACGAGACAGAACUGCGCAAAGUUGCUGCUUAA